UAGUCUUAUCUCUGUAUAUCACGCUUGUAAUUUUAAUUGAGCAUAUUAUCACUCAUACAAAGAAUUGUCGCGAAGAGAGUGCGGAAUCAAGAUCUCUCUGAUGAGCUAUCGCGGAAAAAACUACAAUAAAUUCAAUUAAUAAUAGCUUGGAUCUUGGCAAAGAAAGAUGAAAAGUGGGAGUUGAUAAUAGAAUUUUAUACGGAUUUUACGAGAAAAGAGAGUACACACGUUAGACUCCUUAUUCAAGCGAUUUUUGUCACACGGAAACCAUAAAAAGUGUUUCUUGAAAAUUUCGACAGUUCUUGUGCGUGCAGGUACUUUAUGAAAUGAACCAGAGUAGAAUACUUUUUGAAGAGUAUCCGCUGAAAAAAUCAAGCAUAUAUAAAAGAAAUACCAGAAAGGAAUCGUCCAGACUACCCUUAAAAGUAGCCCGGCUCUGUUUUCUGGGAAUCCUACUACCAUGCGUGCUUCUCAGUGUGCCCCUGUACAUGCGAUACCGAGUCUACGGUCUUCAAUUGUAUCCUCUUGCAGUAUCAGAUAUGAGAAUGCUGGACAGCAAGGUUUCGACGACGUGGUGUCAGAGACAACUAGUGAAAGUUAACGCUACUUUCAACGCAUUUCUGAUGUCAAACAACCCUCAAAUUUUGGCCACGAAGAAGCCCCUUUCUAUGAUGAGGGAGUUGGAUCUAGAGGACGAUACCAAAGAGUACUGGGGUUUUUAUCUUUUGAAGGGAACAUCAGUGACUGUGUCUACAUGUGUCAGGUGGCCUGGAGCAUCUCUAAUAGUAAUCCGUGGCCACAAGCAUCUCCACGAAUGUGCCUACAUAGGUGACGACUCCUCCGAAGAGCUGGACGAGCUCAUGGAGGCGGUACGCGAAGGCGUCUACGUCGACAUCCAUGAAAACCGACCUCCCAAUAGCACGAAAUCAGACAACGACGAAGCUCCGGCCAACGACCCGGAGUUGAUGAGGCGCCACCGACCGGAAGUGGAAUUCCUAAGCCCGAUCCACCGGAACGCGAGCAGGUCCCACCACCUGGCCUAUGCAGAGGAUAAUAGUGAGAUCUCCGACACCAAGGACCUGAAACAGAUCCUAGACGCCCUUCACGUCAAAUCAGCGACGUACAGGAAAAAACUUUCGGGAAAGUCCCACACGCACAGGAACUCCACCAUAGCCAAGGGCGAAAGCCAGAAUAUGCACAUCGAGGCUCCGGAGCCCAAUAAUUCAUCGCAGGAAAUCCUCAGCGACAUCUUGCGAAGGCUGAAGGCCUUGGGUCCCAAAGGGCCAAAGAUUCUGCAGAAGGUAAACGUAGAGUUUGAUCAUAUAGGCGAUUCCAAACAGGAAGCUAUCGAUAUGAGGGCUCGCCACUAUUCGAAGCCAAGCGUUAAUUUCGGAGACUACAUAGAUCAGGCUCGGAGAAGAAAAAGGGAUUUGAUUUUAUCUACGGCAAUGGGGAUGAACGAGAACGAUGAAGAGAAUGAUCAUGCAAUGGAGGAGGGUCUAACUCCAGACGGUAUAGCAGACCACCGAGGAACCAUUAACGAAACAACCUUGAACGACAUGAGUAACAGCGAGUUUUGGUCUUCAUUUUCGAGUUCGGAAGAAGCCUUAUUGAAUUGUGCUGGGCUGAUUUUGAAUCUGCCGUUGAUGCCUCACCACAGAUGUAUACGAGGCCUUAGCGAAAAAGACAGUUAUCAGGACAACACAAUUACAUACAGGGUUCCUACAAAUGGUUACUACUUCUUUGUGUUCAAUAGCGAGAAUGAGGUAGUGACCAACUAUGUCCGGGUCCAUUUUGAAAUUGAAAAAACUGUCUAUAACGUGUCGAACCCAGUGGCGUACUGCGUCAACAAGUCGACAUCUUGUUCCAUAGACCUGGAUUUUUUUUCCUCGGAAAAGUUGGUUAUGGAACUUCCUGUUAACGGCAAUGAAUCGCUGUGGAAUGAAGAAUACAUAGUCGUGUCCGAGUGCGAACCAAGAACUGCUGUCUAUGCCGUUUUUAUUUUACUGGUUCCUAUUAUGGUUGGCUUGUUCGCGUUUUCGUAGAAGAGUGAACUUACAAACGGCGCAUUAUUGCAACAUAACGCAAAGCGUAACUGAUAUAUAAAAGAAUAUUCGCAAGAGUCUGAAAAAAUAUGUCAAAUUUGUUUGUGAGGAAGGCAAGUUUUGAUAAAAAACCAUUGCAGAACCUUCAAUCCGCAAAACGGGUCUCUUUUCAUUGCUUCUUCACUUUUGAAAAUCGUUCCAAUUUCCUAGCAGAAAAGAAACUCUGUAGUGACAAUAAUACGUUUUCUGGAAAACGGAAACAUUCAUUAGAAUUUUCCUUGAAAACUUAUCGUAUCAAUCCAGUUAACGCUGGAAAUGUCCAUACAAUGAUACAUAUCGUCUUCAAACGAAUUAGAAGUAGUGCGAUACAGUUCGUUUUCAUGCCUCUUCAGAAAAAAAAAAACGAAUGACGAAGGAGGGCACACAACUGCAUCUCUUCGAUUUCGAAACAUGCAGUUCAAAUGAUAACGGAUAUUUUGUAAGUGAUGUGAAGGAGAAAAAUGAUACUGAAUGAAACAUUAUAUCCUCCUCAAAGUAUGAAAAGGAUAUUAAUAAGAGCAGGCCGAUAUAAUUUUUGAAUGAAACUUGGUACAUACUCCUUUCAAGUUUUCAAAAAAAAA